AGAUUUUACAAAAGCUGGCUUCAUCUUCUGAAAAGUUGCUCUAUGUAUACCAAUCCGACGAAUUUUGCUGCUGCGUAAUUUUUUACCCGUCUCCGUGUUGACUCUUGAGGCGAUCCAACAACAACAACAACAACGCCGUGAUUCUCUGGAGAUUUGUAGCUGAGCUUGUUGUUAUAAAGCAAGAUACUGCUUGCUCUACGGAAUUUAGAUAUGCCUCGGGACUUGUCAAGAUCGAGGUCACCGUCUCCAUCACCUUCACGUCGCAGAAAGCACUCGAGAUCUCCUCUAAGGCAUAGGCAUAGCAGGAGGAGUAGAAGAGACAGAAGCCCUUCUCCAUACUCAUCUCAUUCACAUAGCAGGCGAAAAAGUCGCUCUAUAUCUCCUAGGCGCCAUCGAAGUCGAUCUGUUACUCCUAAGAGACGUUCUCCAACCCCCAAACGAUACAAAAGACAAAAGAAUAGGAGUUCAACUCCAUCUCCUGCCGCAACCCUUGAGUCAGCUAAACAUAGGAAUGGAGAAAAACUUAAAAGAGAAGAGGAAGAGCGAAAAAGGCGACAGCAGGAAGCAGAACUGAAGCUAAUAGAGGAAGAAACUGUAAAACGGGUUGAAGAAGCUAUUCGAAAAAAGGUCAUGGAAAGCUUACAGUCUGAGAAAAUCAAAAUGGAAAUUCUAACGCUGUUGGAGGAAGGACGAAAGAGACUUGAUGAAGAAGUCGCGGCUCAACUUGAGAAGGAGAAAGAGGCUUCUCUUAUUGAGGCUAAAGAAAAAGAGGGUGUUAUGCGGUGUUUGUCGCAGGAAAGAGAGCAGCAAGAGAAAGAAGAGAGUGAGAGAAUAGCAGAGGAGAACCUUAAGAGAGUGGAAGAAGCUCAGAGAAAAGAAGCAAUGGAGAGGCAAAGGAAAGAGGAGGAACGGUAUCGGGAGCUCGAGGAGCUGCAACGACAGAAAGAAGAAGCAAUGCGAAGGAAGAAAGCGGAAGAGGAAGAAGAACGUCUCAAACAGAUGAAACUGUUGGGUAAAAACAAAUCACGCCCUAAAUUAUCUUUUGCCUUAAGCUCCAAGUGAAUGCAUGAAGAUAAAAGGAUUGUGAUGAA